AGGGGCGUAGUCAUCCGCAGGCUGCAGCAGACUGGACCACACAUCCAGGCCUGCCCUGUACUGCACUGUUUUCUGUCACUCUAUGUUGCGUGGUUUGCAGGUUUCAUGUUUGCACGCGCUGAUUGCUGUCGAUGGUGGAGUGGUAACUUGCUGUCCCGUGGUGAACUCCGUUAGGUCGAAGCGCGCGCCUCUGAUCCGAUGAUGCUCGUCGCCAUGGAGCUGCACCUGUUCUCCGCAGCCUGCCUCCUUUUGGGGAGCGUCCAUAUCACACAUCAGACCCAGACCCACAUGAGCUCAGUGUCCACAUUCCUGUUCUCCCCUCGUGGUCCUCAGAUGUUCCCCUGUUUGACAUAUUUGGAGCGUAAUGUGAGGGUGGACUGUGAGUUUCCUCCCACCUAUCAGAUUCCUGGCCCCUAUUGUGAGUACAGACAAGACAGUCGGCUAGUGGGUACCACUGUCCCAAAUCAGGUCAUUUAUGUGAAUGUAGAGGACCGCAGGAGGAGCAACGUGAGCCUAGUCUACCCCAACCUGUGCCGUCUUACCUGGGCCCCAAUGGCAGACGAGACCCCUAAGACUUACACCUGCAGGGUGUACCAGGGCAACAGCUGGAAGGAGAACAGUAUGGCUGUGCAUCACAGAAUUCUUCCAAUCUGCUCUGCAUUGAGUGUAAAAUCUGCUCCAUGGAUAAUAUUGCUAGUAUUGUUGCUUCCUUUGCUUUUAUGCCCGUUGGAUCAAUAAAGUUAAUUACACAUUUUUCAAUGGAUAAAUUUGGGGAAUUUACUUUUGUUUUGGUAUUCUAAAAUAAUGACAAAAAUUUCAAACAACAGAUCUAAACCUGCAGCAGGAGUUCUAAAU